ACACUGCUGGCCUCCCCCACUUCCUUGCAAGGACAAUUAGACGGCGGACACAUACAGUUUUUUCCCCCGAUCCGUGGCCGCCAGUCAGCCCAGUCUCGUCCCCCAACCGACGGGUGAAUCCCCAGCAGCCGUUGGUCAUUCGAAUCCAGGAUGCUUCGCUGGCGCCACACAGAUUAGAGACAUCCGCAGUCCCAGACGAAAAUGAACAAUUUGGAGCACGCCAAGCACUUCUAUCCCGACAACUACAAAUUGGAUCUGUCCGAGACCAUGAAGGCGGCUCUGUCCAAAGGACCUGGAGGCGGUGGCGGUGGAGGGGGCGUGGCAGGCGGGGAUCUUCUGCCCCAGCCAAAUGCCGGAAUGCCAGGAGUGGGCUAUGUAACCGAGAAGCUGUACAUGCUGCUGCAGCUGUAUCUGCAGAACAAGGGCUGGAAUCCCAGUGCCGAGUUGCUGCAGUGCUUCAGCGAUCUCAAGGACAACGCGAUGCUGCCUAGCGCCGCCUACCUGCAGGUCCUGGCCAAUCGCCUCACUCUGGACUCCCAGGGACGCCUAAUCCUGCGCGACAAUGGCAAGAUUGUGCUGCCCUUCGAACACUUCGCCAAUGCAGUGAUGCUGAAGCACAUGUCGGGGCCACAUGGGCUGCACCUGAGCGUGGAUGCCACGGUGCGGGCUGUCAUCGAGUCGUACACCAUCGGACGUGAUCAGUUCGGCAUGGAAAAGGAGUUCAUCAUCGAGGUGGUGCAGUCGUGUCCCAGCCCCGCUUGUCGCUACUACAAGAAUCACAUGGGAAUCUCGCCCAUGCCGUUUAUGGAGCAGCAGUAUCCGGGUGUGAAUACGCCAGAGUUCCUGCAGCGCCUGUCCCACCUGCCGCCUGGCGGAGCAGCAGGUUCCGGACCGGGAGGAUCGGCCGCCGGUUCCGCCUCCAGUGUGGCAAGUAGCUCGAGUUCGGCAAACGUGGAAAUAGAUCUGUCCAAGUCGACGGGAGCCAAGGUGCCCCAGGUGCCGGUACCCCCGCAGUUGCAGCAUCUGACCAAGCAGCAGCAAAGCAGUAUCCAGACGCAGCUCUCCCAGAUCAGUGCUGCCGCCGCCCAUCACCAACAACAGCAGCAGCAGCAGCAACAACAGCAGCAACAGCAACAACAGCAGCAGCAACAACAGGCAGCAGCCAAACACCAGCAGCAACUGACUGCGGCCCUAAUCCAACAGCAGAACCGCGUCCUCGCCCAGCAGAGUCUCGAGAAGCUAAGCAAUCACCUGAGUCCGUUGGAAAAGCAGCGCGUAUUCGCUCAGCUAGAUCCCAAGCACUUCGAUCCCAUGGCCGUCGCAGCUGCAGCCGCCAAUCUUCAGAUCCAGGGUCUGAUGCAAUCGCAGGCAGUGGCUGCCGCAGUGGCCGCUAACCAGCAGCCACCUCCGGCCACAACCACAUCUGCGGCAGGAGGAUCUGCAGCUGGUCCGCAGGCCCAUCACGGACACCAUUCUUUGCCGGCGCCAUCACAGUCACCGCAUUCGUCCUCUUCGUCCUCCUCCCACUCCUCGCUGGACCAGAUUACCCACAAGAACGUGGCCGACUCCUUGCGAUCUAACCUGGACUCGAUAGAGUCGAAUAAGGAUCUGCUGGCGCUGCACAAUGGGGCCUGGGCCACCGGUGACGCCAAUCGCAUGGAUCACUUGGCCGUUGGCCAGGACAAAAUAGUGCGGAUCUUCGCGGAGCUUAUGCGGAACAUGUCGCGGAUGAAAACCUACAUACGUCCGUCUAUGUGUAAACCCUACGGAAAGCAGAGCGAGAGUCUGCAGAAGACCCUCAUGGACACCAUUCAGAUCGUGCAGACGCUGCGCAACUGCCUGCCCGCUCCCCACAUACCCGUGUCCUCCUGGAAAAGCGAGAGCGAGGGCAACGUGGGAUCAGGUGUGGGUGUGGGUGUGGGCGUAGGCGUCGGAGUUGGUGUUCCACCAGGACUCAACCUGAGCGCCGCCUUGGGUCUUCCAUCAGGCAGAGUGGACAACAUGCACUAGGCGUAGGAUGGUGUUUGUCUAGUAUCAUGCAUUAUCUUUUGCAUGCACCCACACUCACAUUCUUCCAAGAGUUCGAAAACAAUUAGUAUUUACACGCAGAAAUACGCCUAGAUUAUAAGUAUAGCAGUUUACCCUCGUAGGCUUGGCUCCAGUUUUCCUUUUAGCAAUUAUGUGCCAUGUUCAACACAAGACUUGAUUUAAUUUUCACAUUUGACUGACAUUUAGAUAUACAAUGUAUCGAAUCCUGUGGUUGGAUUCGUAUAAUUUCAUUCUCACCACUCUGGGUUUCCUAUUUGGCAUGCAAAAUUAACAAACAAAACGGCAAAUUAGUUAAACAAUUGGCAAAACGUCUGUGAUAUUUAAAUUAUGUUGGCAAAAAGGAAAGUGAAACUAAAUUUAAUUUAUUAUGUUGUGUGCCCUCUGUUGUAACGUCUUACGAUUUACUUUGUGCAAUAUCUACUAAGCAUCUAUUCUUAGCCAUUCUCGUGCAAUCGACAACUUCUCGCCCAUAUCAAAAGCAACUCGAAUAUAGCCUAUACUUAAACUAAUCUACUGAUAAUCGACAUGAUAGACGCAUAAGAUUUACAUUAUAUUUUGCAUUAGUACUUCAGAGAAUAUGAAGUAUACUUAGACGGAGGCCGCGGCGGCAAACAAGAGAGAUUACGAGUUGUGUUUAAAUUUAAGAAGCAGAAGAAGGGUUGUAUUCCGUAUGCAAAGGCUAUUUAAAUAUAUAUUUUAACCCGCCCAAGCUCACCAUUACAAGUAAUACGAUUAACGAGCAAACAGUAUUAUAUGCAAUAAAAGACACUUGCAAGUUGCAACCAUAAGUAUUUACCUAGCCGAAGUGUGGGAAUUUAUCGUAACAUACCAUAUUAUCGCUUAAUGUUUACCUUCUGGACUUAAUAAAAAAUAAAUAUUUUAUUCUACGACUAAA